AUGGCUCAACAACUACUACUCACGGGUGAGCAGGGUAUCAAGGUUGUCGUCCUUGACAUCCAGCCAUUGAGUUUCGAAGCUCCUCCAGAAGUCCACUACUUCGAAUGCGACAUAACCUCGCCAGCUGAGAUCGCUGCCGUAGCGAAAGAGGUGCGCCUCAAAGUCGGACAUCCAAGUAUUCUCAUCAACAACGCCGGCGUGGCUCGGGGUAAGAAUCUUCUUGUAGCGAGCGAGCGAAAUAUCCGCUUUACAUUCGAUGUAAACACGUUUGCGCAGUUCUGGACCGUGAGGGAGUUCUUGCCGGACAUGAUCGCUCACAACCAUGGCAUGGUCGUAACAGUCGCUUCGUUUGCCGCCUGGGUAACGGUGCCAGACAUGGUCGACUACGCUGCAUCCAAGGCGGCCGCGUAUGCUUUUCAUGAGGGCCUGACUGCUGAACUGAAGACGCGGUACAAUGCUCCAAAAGUCCGAUUGAGGUCUAAAGGCGCGAAUAUCAUGCCGAAUUUCCGCGGCAGACAAGUUGUCACAGACUUGGACAAGUUCUAUGCUGAUAGGGAGAAGUCUGACACUGAGGAAAGCACUGUAUUAGUUCCGGAGGCAAAGUGA